AUGGCCGUCAUUGAAGAAAUAAGUCAAGACCCUAUUGAAUCCAAAGCACCUCAGCAAUCACAACAACAACAGCAACAGCAACCGAAUGCCGAUGAGGAUGGCGAUGUGUUCUUCGAUUCAGUCGACUAUGAGCCCGAGGAAUACAAUCGAUUACUGAAGGAAGCCACCGACUACAAGCAAAAGGGCAACCUGCACUUUGCAAAGGGAGACUAUGAGCAGGCCAUUCGACACUAUGAGGAUGCACUUGUUUUAUGUCCUGUAUCAGCAACAAAAGAACGAGCCAUAUACUUUGGAAAUAUCACAGCAUGUCAUUUGAAGCUUACCAAUUACAAAGAUGCACGAGACAUGGCAACAGAGGCACUGAAACUGGAUCCACAUUACAGCAAAGCCAUCCUACGCAGAGCACAAGCCAAUGAGAAGAUGGAUACUUACAGCUCACUUUCCGAUGCAUUGGAGGAUUAUCGAACGCUGGCCCAACAACCUGAUCUUGAUACGCACACCAAAAACGAAUGUCAACGAGCCAACAAAAGAUUGCCACCUAUCAUCAAAGAGAGGAUGGAGAAAGAAAAAGAGGAAAUGAUGGGGAAACUCAAAGAUCUCGGCAACACGUUGCUAGGCAAAUUUGGAUUAUCGACAGACAACUUCCAGAUGCAACAAGAUCCAAGCACAGGCUCGUAUAGCGUCAACUUUGUUCAACGAUGA